CUCGGUGUCUAGCAAAGCACGCAGUGUUCUUAGAUCGACGGCUGUCUCGCUUGUCAGCUGCACUGUACGGAUACCUUAUGUUCACUAUAACGCAAGCCUCCGUAACCGAUCGGUCUCUUUGUAAUUCCAUAACGACGCGGCGGCGCUUCCCCCACUUUUACACUUCAUACAUUAUCGUCACUUUUGCGAUCUAGAUUAAGCUUCAGAUGGUAUUUCAAAGCUGUCUGGAUCUUCUGAAAACCGGUUACUGGAACGGACCGGAAAUGGAACCGAUAAGCGGUACCAAGGAUGACAUGUCGUUGUCGGCUGCGGAAAAGGAGCAGAGCGCAGAGGUUCUGUCCGCAGCCAUGCGAGCGAAGAUCGAACGUAACCGGCAGAGGGCGCUGAUGCUCCGGCAGGCCAGGCUCGCCAGCAAACCCUCUGCCGAAGGUGGUACAUCUGCCAAAGUUUCCAAGGUGAUUGACUCUGGGGCAGGCUUCUUCAUUGAGGAAGAAGAGGAGGAGGAGCAGAGAGUGACGAAGGUGGUCCACCAGCCAGGACCGGUGAUUGAACCAGACUACCUGGUGUGUGAAGACUGUGAUAAGCCAUUUAUGGACUCCUACCUCAGCAACAGCUUUGACCUGCAUGUCUGUGACAAAUGCAGGGACAACGAGAUCAAACACAAACUGAUCUCACGGACGGAGGCCAAGCAGACGUAUCUACUGAAGGACUGUGACCUGGACCUGCGGGAGCCCCCGCUGAAGUUUGUGCUGAAGAAGAACCCCCACAACCCGCGUUGGGGCGACAUGAAGCUCUACCUGAAGCUGCAGGUGGUGAAAUGCUCUCUAGAGGUGUGGGGCAGCGAGGAGGCACUGGAGGAGGCGCGAGAGGCCAGGGAGGAGAACCGGGAGAUCCAGAAGCAGAGACGCUUCAACAAAAAGGUCAAAGAGCUCCGCCGGGCCGUGAGGAGCAGCAUGUGGAAGAAGGACGUGAGCGUCCACCAGCACGAGUACGGGCCGGAGGAGGUGCUGGACGAAGAGGAGGACACCUACAAGAAGGUGUGUCUGACCUGCGGCCACCAGCUCACCUACGAGAAGAUGUGAGCAGCACCUGACUGUCUUUGGAGAAGGUGGGGUGGCGCUUUCUGAGGACGUCAGGACAGGCGUCAGUCACGGGACCAGAGGAUGAGGUCUUAUGGCUCCUGUCUCCGCUUUAGAAGCACAGGCUGACAUAAACUGCUAUUUCAGGCAGUGUCUGCAAACGUGGAUUUAAGCAAGACGGGUGUAUCAGCCAGUAACGUAACAACUGCCAGUAACGUAACAACUGCCAGUAACGUAACAACUGCCAGUAACGUAACAACUGCCAAUA